AUGUUGUGGAAACGUAGUUGCGCCAGACUGGUUAAGCCUAUUGCAAACCCCAAGGGAAGGCUGUUGAGAAGAUCGUGUUACAGGUACGCCUCGACUGGCGCCGGCAGCAGCGCUGCUGCCGGCGCCAGUAGUGCGUGGUUGAAAUACUCCAUCAUCGCCUCUUCAGCUACGCUAUUUGGCUACCUGUUCGCCAAGAACCUCUAUUCUCGCGAGACAAAGCAGGACCUGAUAGAGAGACUGGAAAUGGUCAAAAAUAUCGAUCCGGUGAACUCCACGUUGAAGCUGUCCUCGUUGGACUCACCGGACUAUCUCCACGACCCGGUGAAGAUCGACGAAGUUGUCGAGGAACUGAAGCAUAUGCUGGGCGACAACCCAGAAAACUACUCCGAAUCGACCUCCGAUUUGGACGCCCAUUCAGACACCUACUUCAACACCCACCAUCCCUCCCCUGAGCAAAGACCUAAAAUAAUAUUAUUCCCUCGUACCACCGAAGAAGUUUCGAAGAUUUUGAGAGUAUGCCACGAUAACAGCCUCCCAGUAGUGCCUUUCUCCGGCGGGACCUCCCUGGAGGGGCAUUUCUUGCCCACAAGAAUCGGCGAUACCAUCACCGUGGACUUAUCCAAGUUUAUGAACGAUAUUGUGAAAUUCGACAAGCUAGACUUGGACAUUACCGUCCAAGCAGGUCUACCGUGGGAAGACCUGAACGACUUUUUGGGUGAGCAAGGCCUGUUAUUCGGUUGCGAUCCCGGCCCAGGUGCUCAAAUCGGCGGUUGUAUUGCUAACUCUUGUUCCGGGACCAACGCUUACCGUUACGGUACUAUGAAGGAAAAUAUCAUAAACAUGACUGUAGUGCUACCGGACGGUACCAUCGUCAAGACCAAGAAAAGGCCCAGGAAAUCGAGUGCUGGCUACAAUCUAAAUGGGUUGUUUGUCGGAAGCGAAGGCACCCUCGGUAUUGUCACUGAAGCCACCGUCAAGUGCCAUGUUAAGCCCAAGGCAGAAACCGUUGCCGUGGUCUCCUUUGAUACUAUCAAGGACGCCGCCGCAUGUGCCUCUAACUUGACUCAGAGCGGUAUUCAGUUGAAUGCCAUGGAAUUACUGGAUGAAAACAUGAUGAAAUUGAUCAACGCUUCUGAAUCCACAGACAGAUGCGAUUGGGUCGAGAAACCAACGAUGUUUUUCAAGAUUGGCGGGAGAUCUUCGAAGAUCGUCGACGCCCUUGUGGAGGAAGUCAAAGCUGUCGCCCAAUUGAACCAUUGCAACACUUUUGAUUUCGCCAAGGAUGAUGACGAGAAGCUGGAGCUAUGGGAAGCCAGAAAGGUCGCGCUGUGGUCUGUGCUAGACGCCGAUAAGAGCAAGGACAAAUCAGCUAAAGUUUGGACCACCGAUGUGGCUGUUCCUGUGUCACAGUUUGACAAAGUCAUACACGAAACUAAAAAGGACAUGCAAGCCAGUAAUCUGAUCAACGCCAUCGUCGGUCAUGCAGGUGAUGGUAACUUCCACGCGUUCAUCGUCUACAGAACUCCAGAAGAACAUGAAACUUGCAGCCAGCUUGUUCAUAGAAUGGUUAAGAGAGCCCUGAGUGCCGAAGGUACUUGCACGGGUGAGCAUGGGAUAGGUAUUGGUAAGAGAGAAUACUUGCUUGAGGAAUUAGGCGAGGCUCCCGUCGAUUUAAUGAGAAAGAUUAAGCUGGCCAUUGACCCCAAGAGGAUUAUGAAUCCGGACAAAAUCUUCAAAAUUGAUCCAAAUGAACCUGCCAAUGACUACAAAUGA